CACAUUAAGUUAAAACACCGGCUAUUGACAGACCCACCCUUUCUUUUCUAUUUCAUAAGGACUUUUACAGGUUGUGUUGGAUCGCAGCUGCUGUUAGUCAUUAAACAAGUGAAGCCUCCUUUUACACAGACUAUAUAAAAGUUAAAUAUAGACUGCUAUAACCUGCUGUAUAUGUUCACGUGGAGAGACUUUGGUUCUUGAGUUGAAAUCCUGACCUGUUUCUGAUUGGCUAAUGAACUCUAUUUGAAUAUCUCAGGCUGAUUUAAGAAACACAUCAUGGCUUCUCGGGGAAAAUCAGAAACUGGGAAACUAAAGCAGAACAUGGAGGAGCAGCUGGACCGACUAAUGCAACAACUACAAGAUCUAGAGGAGUGCAGAGAAGAGCUUGACGAUGAGGAAUAUGAGGAAACCAAAAAAGAGACACUGGAGCAGCUGAGCGAGUUUAAUGAGUCCCUGAAGAAGCUCAUGUCAGGGAAUAUGACCCUCGUGGAUGAAUUGGGAGGGAUGCAGCUGGCUAUCCAAGCUGCCAUCAGCCAAGCAUUUAAGACCCCUGAAGUUAUUCGACUGUUUGCAAAGAAGCAGCCUGGGCAAUUACGGACAAGACUGGCAGAGAUGGACCGUGAUGUGAUGGUAGGAAAACUUCCUAGAGACGUGUACACUCAGCAAAAACUGGAGAUCCUCACAGCCCUGAGAAAACUGGGCGAGAAGCUUACAGCAGCGGAUGAAGCUUUUCUCACAGAAAAUGUCAGUGCCACUCUGAGCCAGUUUGAGAAAGUUACAGCGAAUAUGGGAUCUGAAGAUAAGAUCAUGGCCUUAGCUAGCUCUGGAGUUGAAAAGACCCAGACCUAGUGAUGCACUAUUUCUCAUGUGUUCUGUAAAUGAUGUGUGUGAUUUAUUAUUAUUAUUUUUUUAAAAAACAGUGGUUUAAUGUAAUAUUUAGUCCUACAGUUUUGGAUCACAAUUCUUAAGUGCCAUUUAACAGAGUUUCUUAAUUGUCUAAUUAUUUACACGCUUAACCCCAGUGACCUUCAAAAUACUCGUACAUUUUUGUGUGUGUGAUUGUACAGUUUAGGAAUUUCGUGAAGCUAGCAGAUCAGAUAGUAAUGUAUAAUAUUUACAUUUGGUACAUUGUGUUAGAUGAUUUGUGUUUUGGUAAUUCCUGCCUGUGUGAAUGUCUUGAUGCUGGAGUGUUUUGAAAAUUUCAGAUAAAAGAAAUUUCUUACAACGCAUUUUUGAAUGUCUAACUUUUACACUUUGUACAACGUUCUAUUUAUGAUGUAAAUGUCUAAAACAUGUAAUGCAAACACAGCUGACUGUUUUUGACAUUUGAGUAUUCAGAACUGCAUGCUUUUUAUUACAAAUUGUAGGCCAUAUAGUCAUGAAGGUGACACAUUAAUAAUAAUUGUACUUUUUCCUAUAUGUUCUGUAUGGAAAUGUUUGUUACUAAUGUUAAAUAAUAAUGCUUUAUAUGAUAAUACAAAACUUGAUAAAUUU